GCCUGUUCGCACAACCUGGGCCCAUACACCCACCCGACGCCGCUCUCCACCUUCAACGCCGCGCCCCCAAACCCGCUGCUCCCAGAAGCCGCCUCGCACGUCUGGUAGAGAACCCUCCUGCACCCUACCCUACCCACCCCACUGCAACCCUGCCCAGCCCAGCCAUGACUUCCUUUUUCAGUCGCAUCAAGUCUGGCGCUCCUCCCUUGACCCCCGCGACCGGGAGCACGCCUGUUAAGAAAGACACCAACGCGCCCGAACCCACGCCGCUCGAGAAACUGCUCGUCAACGCCGGCCCUGUGCGUGCCGAUGGUAGCGACAAGUUCUUUGGCUUCGAGAAUUUUGGAAGCACAUGCUACUGCAACUCGAUAGUGCAAUGCCUAUACUACUCAGUCCCCUUUCGAGAACAGGUCAUCAACUUUCCCGCCCGUUCGCCCCCAGAAGCCCUCGAGCGGCCCUCAUCGAGCCUGCCCAGGCUCAACACCAAUCUCGCCAAUGGCCAAAGCACAGCCCUCUCGCCGCCGGGGCGCAAUUCCAUCUCGAGUCCCAAUUCAAGAACGCCCGCAAAACCCGCCACCACUCCAGGUGCACCUAACCAGCCUCCAGGCACCAAGCCCGAGGAUAACAAGGACUCGCCCGAGUACAAGAAGAAGCAGGCCUUGGCGGCCGGUCCGGUGCUACAGAUGGAUUACGAGAAUGCAAACGCAUACGGCAUGAAUGAAUCGCUGUUUUCGUCGCUAAAAGACAUAUUCGAGGCCGUCAUAGCACACAGGUCACGUAUAGGCGUAGUCAGCCCGCACAAGCUGCUCGAGAUUCUACGCAGAGACAAUGAAAUGUUUCGGACUCCGAUGCACCAAGAUGCACACGAGUUCCUGAACUUGCUGUUGAACGAGGUUGUAGAGAACGUUGAACAAUUUUCAAAAUCCCGUGCGGCCGAAGCCAACACCAUCGAAGAGAACGGAUCAACAAUUGCAUCCGGCGAGGUAGUGCCAGCUCAAAACUCUGUGGUGUCUGCAAAACCCAAUUCUGGAUGGGUGCACGAGCUGUUCGAGGGCACUUUGACGUCCGAGACACGGUGUCUCACGUGCGAAAACACAUCACAACGAGACGAGGCAUUCCUGGAUCUCUCUGUCGACCUCGAGCAGCACUCGUCGGUAACUAGCUGUUUACGGAAGUUUUCCGAGGAAGAGAUGUUGUGCGAGCGGAACAAGUUUCACUGCGACAAUUGUGGAGGUCUACAAGAGGCAGAGAAGCGCAUGAAGAUUAAGCGGUUACCCAAGAUUCUUGCCCUGCAUCUGAAGCGCUUCAAGUAUACCGAGGACCUGCAGCGGUUACAGAAGCUGUUUCAUCGCGUCGUCUACCCCUUCUACCUUCGCCUGUUCAACACCACGGAUGACGCCGAAGACCCAGACAGAUUAUACGAACUAUAUGCAGUAGUCGUGCACAUUGGAGGUGGGCCAUAUCACGGCCACUAUGUGUCCAUCAUCAAAACACAAGACCGAGGCUGGCUACUGUUCGAUGACGAAAUGGUUGAGCCGGUAGACAAGGCAUAUGUCAGGAACUUUUUCGGCGGAGAAAACGUCUUGGCAUGCGCAUAUGUCUUGUUCUACCAAGAAACAACAGAGGAGGCCAUGAUGAAGGAGCAGGAAGCCGACGCACUGGCUGCAGCAGAGCAGGCCGCCAAGAUGGCCCAAGAAGAGGUUACCACGCCAAAACAGAAUGGCACAAACGGCACGAACGGAACGCCAUUCCAUGCCUUUCACAACGCAACAACUCCCUCGGUCGAAGAGGCCGACAAGUUUGCCAGUCUUGCGCAUGCAGCCACGGCACCGCCCCUCGCCCACGUCGAGGCGAGUACCGACAAUCACCCAGUUGAACACACCACAUCUCAUAUCCCCACUCUAGCUCCGCGCAAGAGCAACCUUGGCCUUUUUGGAAAAGGAAAGGAAGACAAGGAGCGCAAAGCGCAAGAGAAGGAGCUUGAAAGGCAAGCAAAGCAGAAGCGCAAGGAGAUGGAAAUGCAAAGGCGGGAAAACUAUCGCAAGCAAGAAGAAGAGCUCAAGGCUGUCUUAGAAGCUAGCAAAGCGUCUGCUGCAGAAGAGGAGAAGAAACGCGUUGCUAGCGGUGAGGCACCGCCACCUCCAGGGUCACCCCCAACCCCGAAUCCUGAAAAGGACAAGCAUGCAAACGGCUUCGGUAGCGUCAAGGGUAUGAGUGGAUUGAGUCGCUUCAGACACACGUCCAUGAGCCUCAGGACCAAGCCGAAAUUCUGGUCUGGGCACAAGGACAAGGAUGGUCAUUCCGACGAGCCCCCUCUACCUGAUACCCCCACAACAGAUACCGACACGGCCGGUAAGAACCGCUUCAGCAUAGGGCGGAAAAAGAGCACGUUUAAGUUUUAGGAAAACGACUGAUUCUUUUUGUCGCAAAUACGCAUCUUUCACGCUGCAUAUACAGCAACAAUCUUGGGACGCAAAUUCGGAUGCAGCUAGUUUCAGCAUGUCGGCCACUUUUGAGCGUUGAGAGUCUCUCUGUGCAAUAUGGGAAAUUUGCAUGUUGAGGAGAGACUAUAAGCGUUGUAAUCUUAGUAGCUCUUUUUUUUCCAUGGUCGGUGUUUCUCUAGGUGCAUUUUUCCUUUUUUUUCGUUGUUGAUUUUCCAGAGCAUUCCGCUUUUUUUU